AUGCGUCGUCGCGUCGCGUUCGCGUGCGUCUUCGCGCUCGGCGCGAUCGCGGUGGCGCAGGCGUCGAUCGCGUUCGACCCACCGAGCGGGACGACGAGCGCGCGAGGCGGUGUACGGGUGAAGAUGACAUCGUCGAACGCGCCCGCGGAGGAAAUCUUUUACACGCUCGACGAGAGCGCGCCCGCGAUCGGGGGGGAGACGACGAAGCGGUACACCGAGGAUGGCGUCGACUUACCAAUCGGAACGUGGAUCGUGAAGGCUGCGCCGCGGGUGAACGGCUCUCUGGGUGACGUGAGCGUGGCGAGUUACGAGGUGCGACGAAGAGGCGAGAGCGACGGCGCGCCCUUGACGCUCGGGAGCGCGCUCGGCGUGGCGCUGUUGCUCGUGAUGGGUUUAUUCGGAUUCGUCGUCUUCGCCGGGGUGUGCACCGCUGGGUUUAACGCGUUGUUCGGGAAGACGGCGCCGACUAUGCGGGGACCGGGUGUGAGCGACCCGAGGACGUCGACGGAGAGUAGCGCAGAGCUAGGACAGCUGCCGAGCGGCUUUCGGAAUAAUCCGGCGGUUGCGAGCGCGGAUGACGCGGGGACGUCGAGGUUGAUCACGCGUUCCUCGUCGUUGAGUAACUUGACGCCCACUCGAUUGGGGAAGAAGGAUUAA